AUGAAUUUCUCGAAAAAAGGCUUCCUCGGCCCGGGGAACACGAGCAUCAGCUACAAAACGUCGCCCAUCUACCCGGCUCCAUUUCGAGGACUCGACUUCAAAGUUUCGAAUCUCAUUCAACCUAGGCCGCCAUGUAAAGAGUGUUUUCCCGAGACGCAUUCUGAUGGUCGAGCCGAAUACGUCAAUCUGCUGGAUCUACCAAAUUAUGGAGGAAUGCCAUAUCCGUUGAUAGCCAGUGCCCGACAACCGUGGCGUUUCAUGGCCGAUUUGAGAUACACAUGGAACACGCCUCUGCAGCAUCAAUAUCCAUCGGUUCGACAUGAGGUUUUGAAUGGACAAAGAGUAGCUGAAUCUGUCGCAAAUGAAUCCAAUUCGUCAAACGUCGAUCAAUUAUCAAUUCGCAAAAAAGCCGCCACUUAUUACUACGAGAUUCGUGCGACGUUGAAUCGGUUUGUGUGCAAAAUCUGUGGAUAUCUCUUGUUCAAGGUA